CGCAUCGCAACCUUGGAUGCGCAUACAACCAUCGAUUACGUCGCGUACAAGCCGGUGCUUCUUGUGUCCGGUCGCGACUUUGUGACGCGCUUCCACUCGCGCGAGCUCAACGACGGGUCGAGUGUCGUCGUCGCCACCUCGACGACCCACCCGCUAUGUCCGCUCCGCGAGCCCGACACGAUUCGCGGCCACGUGCACUUGGCGGGUUGGCGCAUCAUACCACGCAGUGAGUCGCUUUCCGAGGUGUGGUUUUUCGUCAAGACCGAUCUCCGCGGUUCAAUUCCCGCACGCAUCUCGCAGCGUGUGCUCCUCGACCAAGGCUUUGCUUCGCGUCCGACGCUGCCAUCCGCUCUGUCUCUGGACAGCCCACCGGCGCGGCCUCCACCAACACUGCAAGACAUGACGUUGUUGGGCCUGGCCCAGUUUACGGCUCUGUUUUUAAGCCUCUUGUACGGCGCGCCGGCACUCUUCACAACGUACCUGGUCGAUACUCUCCACGACAUUUUCGUUUGGGGUCUGAUUGCGUGGAUGUGCGUGCGACUCUACCUGGGCCCGGCCACGGACAAUGUCCACCACGCUGGCUACGGGCACAUCUAUGCCGGCGUCGACAUUGACGUCACUGCGGCACUGGCGUUUCUGCUAGAGCCGUCACAGAAAGGCGUCAACCUUCGCGAUGUGGUCGUAGCCGCAGUCGCCCGCGUCCUAUGUACCAUGCCGCAUCUCAACAGCCAUAUUGUGCUCGGGAAGCAGUACCCGUCGCCUACAAUCGACGUCACGCUGGUAGCUCGCGGCCAGCACGACGAAAUGCUCGAGCCUCUGCCCCUCCACGAUCUCGCCACCGCCACUGCCCGCAGUGUCGCAGAGAACGUGCGCGCUGGCUUUGCCAAGCAGCAGAGUGACGGGACGAUCGCUUGUCGCCAGGCGUGGGCGCGUCAAGGACUGAAUCUCGACUGUACACGUGUGGGCGUCCCGCGCCGGGUACUUGGCCAAGCCCUCGUCGUUGAGCUCGAUGACGCGUACAUUCCGAUUGCGCCUUGGAUGCACGUGUCGCUGUUGGUCGUCCUCGGACCGCCGACGAAAAAGCCGGUCGUUAUCGACGACCAAACGGACGCUACAUCGAAGCAAGCGACGUCAGCCGCGUCACAGCUCUUCUCCGUGCGUACGUGA